AUGGAAGCAAAGGAAGCCGAACGAGCAGCAUUCCUGCUAGACGCCCAAACCAAAGCCAUCGCUCUUUUCCAAGAAAUCGAAACAAGCCUAGUCCGACCUGGAAUCAGCGAAAAGGCAUUAAGCGAUGAAAUCCACAAACUAGGCGCCGAACGCUACGGCGUCCGAACCCAUUGGCACAAACGAGUCGUUCGAAGCGGAGAAAACACCCUUCGACCAUACGCCGACAACCCACCCGAUCGAGUCAUCCAAGAAGACGACAUUCUAAUCGUGGAUCUGGGCCCCGUCUUCGAAGAAUGGGAAGCCGAUUUCGGGCGUACAUUCGUACUAGGAGACGAUCCGCACAAGAAAAGACUGCGCGAUGCGCUCCAGCCGAUCUGGGAAAUUGUCAAGGGCAAAUUCCACGAGAAUCCUGAUAUGACGGGCGAGGAGUUAUAUGAUAUCUCUUGUGAUGUGGCGCGGGAGCAUGGGUUUGAGUUUGGGGCUCAUAUUGCUGGGCAUAUCGUUGGGGAUUUCCCGCAUGAGCGUAUUCCAAAGGAUAAGACGACGUUGUAUAUCACCAAGGGGAAUGACAAGAGUAUGAAUUGUGUUGGGCCGGAUGGGUUUAAGAGGCAUUGGAUUUUGGAGAUUCAUCUUCAUGAUACUGCGAGACAGAUUGGGGGGUUCACUGAGCAACUUUUGACGGUGGAGUAA